UGCGAUUUUAGUUUCACGCGAACAUCGGUCCAAGUUAAACGCUAACCAGUCCCAUUAAAGAUGUCCGACUACUGGCUGUCGUUCUUGCUCUUGGCCUGCACAACUCUGUUGGGUGCUGCCCAAGAGGCUCUCUUAUUCCAAACAACGACACCUAUCUCCUCCUCCGCAUCACCUCCGAUCCCGUCGACCACCAGCUCAAAUUGGGUGCUGGUCAACAAUGUACGGGUGCGUGGAGGCCUUACGCCCUUCGUAACUGCUCCGCCUCCGACGCAGGAAUUUCUAGACUGCUUCGGUCGCUGUCCCACGACGCCAGAGUACAGACCCAUUUGCGGCAGCAACAUGCAGCUCUACCUUAAUGAGCAGAAAUUCAAUUGCGCCCGCUUCUGCGGGGCUGACAUUCAAAUAGUUCGACGCGGAAGUUGCGAGGGACUCUUUCAAAUGACGCGCGGUUGAUAAUCCCUCCCGCCCACAUCGGAUGUAUUCCAUGUCCACCGUAAUCAGAGACUGGGAACCAUGAUUUGAUCUGGGAUAUUCAAUUGUCAUAAUAAGCCUCCUAAAAUAUUAAAAAACACUUGAACUAUAUGUAUACUUACA